AUGAGCAGCGCCAACGGCAGCUCCGUGGCGCUCACGAGCGGUGGCACGGUCGCUUCUAAACGUCGAGUCGCCUACUUCUAUGACUCGGAGAUUGGCAAUUACCAUUACGGGCAGAACCAUCCAAUGAAGCCUCACCGCGUACGGAUGGCGCACAACCUCAUCACGAACUACGGCCUUACUAAGCACAUGGAAGUCUACCGUCCGCGCCUUGUCGACUGGACGGAGCUCACGCGUUUCCACUCGGACGACUAUAUUCACUUUCUGCGUCUUGUCACGCCGGACAACAUGCACGAGUACUUGCGCCAGCUGCAGCGCUUUAACGUGGGUGAGGAUUGUCCGGUCUUUGACGGGCUGUUCGAGUUUUGCCAGCUCUACGCGUCAGCUUCAAUUGGCGGUGCUGCCAAGUUGAACGCAGGCUCGGCUGACAUUGUCAUUAAUUACUCGGGGGGACUGCAUCACGGCAAGCGUUCGGAGGCCUCCGGCUUUUGUUAUGUAAACGAUUGCGUACUGGGUAUCCUGGAGCUACUGAAGACCCACCAGCGCGUCUUGUAUAUCGACAUUGAUAUUCACCAUGGUGAUGGUGUCGAAGAGGCUUUUUAUACUACAAACCGCGUCAUGACGUGCUCGUUCCACAAGUACGGCGAAUUCUUCCCUGGUACAGGUGAUAUCAAGGAUGUUGGAUAUGGAGAUGGUAAGCACUACGCUGUAAACUUUCCUUGCCGCGAUGGCAUGGAUGACGAGAGCUUCACGGGUAUUUUUCGAAGCGUCAUUGCGAAGGUGAUGGAACACUUUGCACCGGGUGCUGUGUUACUACAAUGUGGUACAGACUCGUUGUCGGGUGACCGCCUUGGCAGCUUCAAUUUGUCGGCCAAGGGCCACGCUGACUGUGUGGCUUAUGUCAAGAGCUUCAACAUUCCUACUCUCGUUGUUGGUGGUGGAGGAUACACACUGCGCAAUGUCGCGCGUGCCUGGUGCUACGAGGCUUCGCUACUAGUCGGUGUGGACAUUCCGGACGCGAUGCCGUACAACGACUACUUUGAAUACUACGGCCCUGAAUACCGCCUUCACUUGCCCGUCAGCAACAUGGAAAACCUCAACACACCUGCUUACCUCGACGAUAUCAGGCGUUCCAUCCACGAGAAUCUUCGCCAGAUCGAGCCCGUUCCUAGCGUUCCCUUCACGGUCGCACCACCGUCGGCACGUAUACAAGAAGAAAAGGAAGCUGCUGCGCGGGACCGCGAGGACGACGACCAGUAUAUGAUGGAUGUGUCAGGUGAGCAUCAGGUGAAGCAAGAGCUCAAGCAAAGCGACGCUCCGCGCCAUUCUGCUGAGUUUUACGACUAA